UAGCUCAUUCUAAUAUAUAUAAGUUCACUCGUAGUCGUACUGAUAUAUUAUUUUACACACUCUGCUUUUCUCUGCUUCUUAUCUCUCUGAAACGAUCGACCUUGAAUUUGGGAACUCGUGUACGGCAAUGGCGACGCCGAGAGAGCACGUAGAAGAGAUUCGGAGAACCAAGUUCUCCAUCGGAGGCGAACUCAAUCCUCUCACCGAGGAUCUCCACCAGGCCGUCAAGCACCUCUCCGCCGAACUCUACGCUAAGGACGUACACUUUCUCAUGGAGCUCAUCCAGAAUGCUGAAGAUAAUGAGUACAAGGAAGGAGUGGAUCCGUCAUUGGAGUUCGUGAUAACGUCGAAGGACAUAACGGCGACCGGAGCUCCGGCGACGUUGCUGAUAUUCAACAACGAAAGAGGAUUUUCUCCGAAGAAUAUCGACUCAAUUUGUAGCGUUGGACGCUCCACCAAGAAAGGCAACAGGAAACGCGGUUAUAUUGGCGAGAAAGGAAUUGGGUUCAAAAGUGUAUUCUUGAUCACUGCUCGCCCUUACAUAUUCUCCAAUGGAUAUCAGAUCAGGUUCAAUGAAGGGCCUUGCGAGCACUGCAAUGUUGGCUACAUUGUUCCUGAAUGGGUUGAUGCGAAUCCAACGCUAUCUGAAAUCAACCAGAUUUAUGGUUCUGGUGCUGCCCUUCCAACAACUGUACUGAUCCUGCCUCUGAAGCCCGACAAGGUGAAGCCAGUGAAGCAGCAGCUAUCCAGCAUUCACCCUGAAGUCCUCUUGUUUCUGUCCAAGAUCAAGCGACUUUCGGUUAAGGAGGAUAAUGAGGACCCAAGGCUGAAUACUGUAAAUGCGAUAGCAAUAACGAAAGAGACUGAUUUGGUGCAGAGGAAGAAUAUUGAUGCUGAAUCUUUUACUCUCCAUCUAUCCUCGAAAGAAAAUGGAUCCGAUGAAGAGUGCCGCUAUUACAUGUGGAAGCAGAAGUUUCCUGUUCGGAAUGAGUGCCGAGUGGAAAGGAGAAUGGAAGUUGAGGAGUUGGUGAUCACCCUGGCAUUUCCAAAUGUGGAGUUGCUUCAAAGACGGACAAGCUCACCAGGGGUUUAUGCAUUUCUUCCUACAGAGAUGGUAACAAACUUCCCAUUCAUAAUUCAGGCAGAUUUUCUGCUAGCAUCCUCAAGGGAGACCAUUCUCCUCGACAACAAGUGGAACCAGGGAAUCAUUGAAAGCGUGCCAGUUGCCUUUGUAAACGCGUUUAUGUCGCAAGUGAAAAAUGCGCCAGAUUGGAUUUUGCCUGAUGUAUUCAUGCUCCUACCUGUCGACCCCUCUAAUUAUAAAGAGCUCAAUGUUGUGAGGGAGUCCAUUAAAGCGAAGCUGCUCGAAGAAGAAAUUAUUCCGAGUGAGAAGCUGGUGGAGCAGAAGUUCUUCCACAAACCCCGUGAAGUGGGAAGGCUAAUGCCUGAUUUCUGGAGUAUUUUAGAAAAGGCGCAAAAACAAGGGGUGAGCUUGGCUAGUCUGUCUGACCAUGGGAAAUACAUAUUAAGUUCGGCUUUGGACAGAGAAAUGUUUGAUCGCAUACUCAAUUUCCUGGAAGUCCAGCCUGUAGAUGAUGAAUGGUAUGCCAAGUGUAUCCAGGGUUCUAUGCUUGUGGAGGAUGUCUCUGAAGAAGUUUAUUUGGAGCUUUUAUUGUUUGUAGCUGAGAAUUGGGGGUCCAAAUUUUACGGCACCAGAAUGAAACAUAUUCCACUUAUCAAAUAUGAGGAUCGUAACGGGAAUCUCUCUUUAUUCAGCAUAUAUUAUGCUGAGAGUGUGGUUUACAUAUCUCGCCAUCCUCAUCAAAGCUCGUGGCUGAUUGGGUGGAACAAGGAAUUCGGGUCCGUGACCUCAUGCGUUUUUGUGCCGAAAAUCACACAGAGUGCCAUACGGUCAUGUCCGAAAGAGGGGACGCUGUUGAAAUGGCUUCAAGAGCAAGUGAAGGUUGGUGUGGUUGACGUCUAUGAUUAUGCACUUCACCUUUGCAAUUCUUUUCAGAACCAGCGGAGGCUCGUUGUUUCCUAUGUCCACUUUUUAUAUCACUCGCUUUCCAAAAAGAAAUUUCUCUCGGAGAGGCAAGUUGAUUACUUGUGUGGCAUCAUGCCACUCGUGGACAGUUAUGGACAUGUCAUCACUCAUAGAAAUGGCGUUCUCGUCCCCGCCAAUGGAAGCAAAUGGGCAGGAUUGCUUGUUUCUAAUCUGUGGAAAGAAGAAAGCUAUGUCGUGUUAGGUGAAGACUACAUGAAUCCAUUCCGUGUUGCCGAUAAAUUAGUUACCCCACAAAAGGAGCUCUUAAGUUUCCUUACAAGUCAUGCUAAGGCUUUUGAUGUUCCUUAUAUAAAUCCUCCCAACUCUAGGAUCCCUGCUGUUUCCUCACAACUUACCAAGCAUAACGCAAUCUUGCUUUUGGAAUGGAUUCGGCACAUUCGAUCAAAUAACAUCCGGGCCCCAAACAAGUUCAUGACAAGUAUUAAGGAAGGAAGCUGGUUGACGGUUACUCUGACCGGCUAUAGAGUUCCUAGACCUCCUUCUCAGUCAUUCCUGCACAGCUCGACCCACUCCUGGGGGAACCUUCUGCAGAAUGGGUCAGACCUUGCAGAUAUUCCAUUAGUUGACGAGCGUUUUUAUGGCCAUGGGAUAAGGAAGUACAUGGAGGAGCUAAAAUCAGUUGGAGUAAUGUCCGAAUACGCGGAAGCUUGCAAAUUCAUCGGCGAUCGUCUCAUGUCCCUUGCGGCUUCUGGCUCAUUAACCAGAGAGAAUGUAUUUUCCAUAUUGAAAUUCAUCAGAUUUUUGAGGACCAACUGUCUUCCGCCGAAGGAAUUUAUCGAUAGUAUCAAGCAAGGGAAAUGGCUAAGGACCUCAUGGGGUGACAGGUCUCCGGAUGAAUCCGUGUUGUUUGAUGAGAAAUGGAGAACUGCAGAAAAAAUCAGUAAGAUUCCAUUCAUUGAUGAAGAAUACUAUGGCAGGGAAAUCCGUGACUUCGAAGAAGAACUUCAGUUGCUAGGCGUGGUAGUUGGUUUCAGUGGAAUAAGUGGAAGUCACGAGCUCGUUGUUGACUACCUGAAGCCAUCUUCAAGCUUGUCAUCUCUUCCGGCCGAUGCUCUUCUUUUGGUACUACAAUGCAUGCGUCGAAAACCAUCGGAAAAAAUUGUUACAGCGCUGAAGGGUACAAAAUGUUUGAGGACAAAUAGUGGUUUCAAGUCACCCUCUGAAUGUUUCUUGUGUGACCCUGAAUGGGUUUGCCUUCUUCAGGUUUUCAAUGGGAUCCCAUUUGUGGAUACCGCUUUCUAUGAUAAGCGCAUCGUCACUUACAAAAACGAGUUGAAACUUCUGGGAGUAAUGGUGGAUUUCGAGGAAGCGGCUAAGGGAUUUGCUCGUUUUUUUAGGGAACGUGCAUCAAACAACUCCAUUUCUAAAGAGAAUGUCAUAGCUUUUCUCUCAUCUUACAGAGUGCUAAGGAGAGCUGCUCAUAAAUUCCCUGAAGAUGUCAAAAGCUGCAUCCGUGAUGUAAAGUGGCUGCGAACUCGACUUUGUGAUUAUAGGUCUCCAAAGGAUUGCAUUCUCUUUGGUCCUGAUUGGAAAUCCAUCUCUCCGAUUACUCUUCUCCCUUUCAUCGACGACAGUGACAACUACUAUGGCGAGGGCAUCCUUGAGUACAAGAAGGAGCUGAAGAGUAUGGGAGUUGUGGUCGAUUUCAAGGACGGCGUCAAGUUUGUAGCUAGCAGCCUUUAUUUUCAUGAUGUUAGCCGCAUAACUCGUGAAAAUGCACUUUCGUUGAUGGAAUGCAUCCGAAUCUUAUUGGAAGACAAAACUUACACCUUUCCUGAGGAUUUCAACAAAAAGCUUUCUCAAGCAUGGGUGAAGACAUAUUGUGGAUACAGGAGUCCUAAAGAGUGCUUGUUGUUCGAUUCGAUAUGGGGUUUGGAGAAGACUGAUGGAACGUUUAUUGAUGAAGAGUUUUAUGGCUCUAAACUUUCAACUUACAGAGAAGUGCUAACGAAAAUUGGGGUGACUGUUGAUGAAGAGAAAGGAUGUCCAUCAAUUGCCAGGCAACUUGAUUUUCAUUCUGAGUUUGCAACAAUAGUAAGGAUAUAUAAUUACCUAAGUAAAUUCAAUUGGGAGCCUAAAACUGAGAUGGAACGAAGGAUCUGGAUCCCGAAUGGAAAUCAUAAAGGUAAAUGGGUUAGUCCAGAAGAUUGUGUUGUAUCUGACAAGAGUGGACUAUUCAGUUUGCAGCUGACUAUUCUGGACAAAUUCUACAAGCAAAAUCUUUGCUUCUUCUCUGAUGCUUUCAGUGUCAAACACAGUCCUUCCACGGACGAUUAUUGCAGCCUUUGGAAGUCUUGGGAGAGUACAGGGCACGUACUAUCACAUGAUGAGUGCCGCAAGUUCUGGGAAUACAUUACCAAACACUUCAGUGCAAAAACUGAAAGAACUCUUCUUGAUGAGCUGGUGAAAGUUCCUGCCAACUCGGGCUCUGAUGGAAUUGUAUUGUUGAACAAGCAGGAUGUUUUCAUUGCUGAUGACCUUCAACUGAAGGAACUCUUUCAACAGUCUUCCUCUCGCCCCAUUUUUGUCUGGUAUCCUCAGCCAAGCUUGCCUAAUCUCUCCCGCACGAACCUGCUCGAGGUAUUUCAGAAAAUAGGCGUUCGCACCAUCUCAGAAUCAGUGCAAAAGAAACAAGUGUCCAUCUCAAAUGGUAUGCGCCAACAGGUGAUUCCAAGAGAUGACUUGAUUAAGAAAGGUUUGGUCAAGCUUAUCCUCGGCUUUCUAGCUGAUCCCGCGAUCAAAAUGGAUUUCGAAGCGAGGCACAAGGUAGUUAAAGGUCUUCUCAAUCUAACUGUUGUUGAGACGGUUGAACCAAUUGAUGUGAGCUAUGAUCUGUCAUUAUCUUCCGGGGAAGCUUUGAAUGUGAGAGCAAGUCGGAUGGUGCGUUGGGAAAGAGAGAGUUCGAAGCUCUUUACACAAAAGAUGGAUGAGUCUAAAGGACCUGCGAACCGCAUCGAGCGUGCUACAUACUUCUCUGAAGUAGUUGCUGAGGGUGUGUUGUGGGGGAAUGGUGACCAUAUCCAUGAACUCUCUGAGCUGCUCAAGUUGGCCUUUCUACUGGAUUUCAACGAGGAAGCUGUUUCUUUCUUAAUGAAGUCCAAGAAUUUGCAGAUUUUCUUGGAGGACGAGGACUUCCUCUCUUCUGCCUUCCCUUCUGCCUAGGUAUCCUUGGUAACUGUUUGUUCUGAUGUUAGUAUAUGUUUGUUUGGCUCUCAUUUUCUUUUUCUUGUUUUCUCUUUAAGAAUGUGAUUAUGUGAAACUGAGCUAAGUUGUAAGUGGAGUUAGUUGCCGUUUAAUAUAAUGUUUAGUUUCUAUGUUUA